UCCCGGGCCUUCUCCGCGUUUCUCCCUUGCAGGAGAUUCCGUGAACGCAGAGCGAGGCAUAUUAUUCUUCUAUGGGGGAUGUAACAAAGAGCUUGAAGCUCUGGAUGACAUGUAUUUCCUCGACACAGAUGCUGAGGGAGAAAGAUCCAUCAGAACCAAAGCUAUCCAUGUGUAAGGAACUUAAGAGAAGGCGGCAAGAGUAUCGUGCCAUGCCAUUCGUGCUAGACAAGCAACGGGAUGCGGACAAGAGCUUGGUUUCAUCUCUCGGAGAGUUUCAAGCUCACGUUCAGCCGCUAGGCAAGAAGAUGUUCGAGGCUAGAGUAAGUGAUGUAUUCAACUACGGAUACACGCUAGAAGCCUCCAUCGAUGGGAAGCUCUUCCGUAGGCUGCUCUUCUCGUACAAGCCUGGCUUUGCUCAGGCAGUGCAAUCUUACAUGGCGAGGAGGAAACCACAGGACGUCCAAAAGGCCGUAGUAAAGGCCAAACCGAGCAAAGAGGAGUCUGAAGAAACCAUGGAUUGUGCGCAUUGACGCAGAUGACUGCAUUUUGCCUCCAUUACAAAAAUAUAGCAUUGGAGGAUUUGGUUGGGUCGCUGACGCAAGGAAAGUUUGCCGACUUUGUGGUGUUGUCCGAGUCUCCUUUUGGACAGGGCACGGGCAU